AUGUCCGGAACGGCUAACGGUGAUCUUCAAGAAAGAAUUGCUGCCGCACGCCGCGAGGCUGAGGUUCUGAAGGAGAAGAUACGCGCUCGUCGAGAUGCAACACAAGACACCAGUCUUCGUGCCAUGGCUGGUGAGGUCGAGCCCCUCCCACGGAUUGCGAUGAGAACAAGAAGAAUUUUAAGGGGGCACCUGGCAAAAAUUUAUGCCAUGCAUUGGGCAAUGGACAAACGACAUCUUGUAUCUGCUUCUCAAGACGGGAAACUCAUCCUAUGGGACGCUUACACCACUAAUAAAGUCCACGCCAUCCCGUUACGCUCUAGUUGGGUCAUGACUUGCGCUUAUUCACCCUCUGGGAAUUUCGUUGCUUGCGGCGGUCUGGACAACAUCUGCUCCAUUUAUAACCUUCGGUCAAGGGAGGGCGCCGGUGAGCGUGGCGCCAAGGAACUGAGCGCGCAUUCCGGUUACUUGAGUUGUUGUCGGUUUGUCAAUGAUCACCAGAUAUUGACCAGUUCUGGGGACAUGACCUGUAUGUUAUGGGAUAUCGAGGCUGGUGUUCGCAUUAUGGAGUUUAAUGAACACACUGGAGACGUCAUGAGCUUGUCCUUAGCACCAAACCAGAACACGUUCGUAUCAGGAGCGUGUGACGCUCAAGCAAAGUUAUGGGACAUUCGCACCGGAAAGGCCGUUCAAUCCUUCAAUGGCCAUGAAUCUGAUAUUAAUGCAAUCCAGUUUUUCCCUAAUGGAGAUGCGUUUGCUACUGGCUCUGAUGACGCUUCUUGUCGAUUGUUUGACAUUCGCGCCGACAGAGAAUUAAACGCUUACACUCAUGACACCGUUUUGAGUGGCAUAACAUCCGUCGCUUUCUCCAUUUCAGGUCGUAUAUUAUUCGGGGGAUAUGACGAUUGGACCUGUAAUGUUUGGGACACGCUGAAGGGCGAGCGCGUAGGCGUCUUAACAGGCCAUGAAAACCGCGUUAGCUGCCUUGGUGUCAGCUCGGACGGCAUGGCGCUUUGCACGGGGAGUUGGGACAGUACACUCAAGGCAGGUCCUUUUGGUCCGAUCUCUUGGGUUCUGGACUUAUGGCUCGUAUUCGGAUUAGAUUUGGGCCUAACGUCCAGAUUCUCGCUCUAUUACCUUUUGUGA